UACAUCAAGUUCUACAUGUCAACCUUGUAAUACGUGCCUAAAUAAUGAAUGUGAUCCUACUACUGGUGUUUGUACUGAUGGAUGUAAAGACGGUUAUUUAGGUGAUAAAUGUAAUUCAGCGUGUAGUGAUAAAUGUACAAACAAAAGAUGUUCUAUCACUCCUCCAUCUUCACAACCACAAUGUACAACUGGCUGUGUUGAUGGUAAUGCAGGUUCUUACUGUGAUACACCAUGUCCUGCUAACUGUAAAUCAUGCCAACAAUUCGGGUCAUCAUGUACUGAAUGUAAUCAAGGCUGGUAUGGUACAAAAUGUGAAUCUGAGUGUAGUGAUGGUUGUGUAAGCAAAAUGUGUAACAUACUGGAUGGGAAAUGUGGAUGUAAAGGUACAUAUUAUGGUGAUAAAUGUACAUCACCGUGUAGUAUUAACUGUAUAAACAGUAGAUGUUAUAUUCCUUCUUCAUCUUCACAACCACAAUGUGCAGAUGGUUGUGUUGAUGGUAAUACAGGCCCCUACUGUCAAUCAUCAUGUCCUGCUAACUGUAGAUCCUGCCAACAAGACGGGUCAUCAUGUAAUGAAUGUAACCAAGGCUGGUAUGGUACAAACUGUGAAUCUCAGUGUCAUGAUAAUUGUGUCGGAGGGUGUGUUAAGAUGGAUGGUAGAUGUAAUGACUGUAAACCUGAUAUAGCUGGUCCAUACUGUAACAUUACAUGUGGUACAAGAUGUCAACCAACAACGGACCUCACCACAUGUGAUAGAAAUGGUAGAUGUACUAACUGUAUUAUGGGGAGAUAUGGUAAUGGAUGUAAUGUGAGUUGUAGUACACGGUGUGCUGGUGGAUGUGAUAGGAGUUCUGGUGCAUGCACUAACUGUAUUGUAGGAAGAUAUGGUAAUGAUUGUGAUAUGAACUGUAGUACAGGAUGUGAUGGUGGAUGUGAUAGGGAUACUGGUAGAUGUAUUAAUUGUAUUGUAGGAAGAUAUGGCAAUGAUUGUAAUAUGAACUGUAGUACAGGAUGUGCUGGUGAAUGUGAUAGAAAUGAUGGUAAAUGUACAUCUUGUAUUAAAGGUAAAACUGGAGACCGGUGUGAUACCAACUGUAAUAAUAAUUGUACUGUUUGUAAUCAGGAUAAUGCAAACUCUUGUACUGAAUGUAAAGAUGGAAGAUGGGGAUCAUCAUGUAAUAAACUAUGUAAUACUAACUGUAAACCAAUAGUUGGUACAACUGUUGAUACAUGUGAUCAGAAGUCAGGAGAUUGUAUGGAUGGAAGUUUACCUGAUAAAACCUGUUCAACAGGUAAAUGUUGA